AUGGAUUCUGAUCUUUACAUGUUUGAUGGGUCUUCAUCUUCUUCCUCAAUUUGCCAGAGUACUGAUCCAGACAUGUUUUCUUCCGACACAACAGCAACAACAGAUCUCUUCUGCAACAAUCCUUAUGAUCAAUCUCUUAAUUUCUUUGACAGUUUUACCCCAGCGACUCAUCAUCAUCUCCUCUCUUCUUCUCCACCAGUCUCUCAGCUCCAAACUUUAAAUCUCUCUCACACAAACAGUUUCCCGAAUUUCUCUGGUUUCGAAAGCUUCGACUCCGUCAAAACAGAGCAGCUCGUGUUUAAUUCUCCGUUUGAUGUUCAAAUCAUGGAAGAUUCCUCGAAUUACCAGAAUCAGAAUUUGUUCAACUCGCCGGAAAAUUCCUUCUUCGCCGGUCACAUGCGACGAGUCUACAGCACCGGAGAUUUACAGAAUCUGAAUAAGGAUUUUGCGGGACAAAGAUCAUACUCGAGUCCUUUAGUGAUGGAGAGCUCAUCGCCGACUCCGUUUUCCGGCGAAGAACAGAGCUUGAAAGUGGGACGUUAUAGUGCUGAAGAACGUAAAGAGAAGAUUUCAAAGUAUAGAGCCAAACGAACACAGAGAAACUUCACCAAAACCAUCAAGUAUGCAUGCCGGAAAACGUUGGCGGACAACAGACCAAGAGUACGUGGCAGAUUUGCAAGAAACGACGAAGUUUUUGAGAGCCCCAAGAUUGCUUCUUCCUUCACCAGACAAGAAGACGACGACCUUUGGAAUUUGGAUGGGUUGCAUGAGGAAGAAGAAGCUUUUGUGAGCAGCUUUGUAGAAUGUCAGUCUCAGCCUCAAUUGCAAAUGCAACACACGACUCCAUUCUGGUGA